UGGGGGAAAUACCCUCGACUAUUAUUGAGUAGUCCUGAUCUGAACUGUGCUCUUCACUCUGCUUUGUCUUGGUGAUUUAAUUCCUGACAAAAUGUGCAUGAGUUAUAUUGGAUUUGCUUUCCUGGUUUGUUUUCCAGGAUUGCUGCAUGCGCGUAGUGCAGGUCAGCCGUGUAGUGCUCCGACUCUUGGUGGUGGUUAUUGGGUCCUGGAAGAAAACAACCUCACUUAUGGCUGUGAUAACAAACUUAAACCAGCAGUGGAGGGUUGGUGGGCAACAAGCACAUGUCAAAAUGGCACAUGGUCGCCUGAACCACAGUGUAUAAAUGAAAAGGCCUGCAUUCCACCAGAUAUACCCAAUGCACAAUACAAAAAAAAACUCAAACGUUGGUAUGAGAACAAUCAACGACUCAGGGUAAGAUGUGACGAAGGAUAUAAACUCAAAGGCAAUGAUGCUACAGCCAUAUGUACAAAUGGAACAUGGUCCUCUGUGCCGGUCUGUGAGAAAAGUAUCGAGGCAUGUGGUGAGCCCCCUAAAAUCCCCCAUGCAGUCAUCAUCCAUCAGAAAUACCAGGAGUUGUUUGAUGCAGAUUCAGAAGUGCAGUAUGAAUGUGAAGAUGGAUUUACUGUAGAGGGAGGAGAAACCAAAAAAAUCAUCACUUGCACAUCUGGAAACUGGACUGAAGGCCCAACGUGCAGAGCCAUACCAGGUCCUGGAAAUGGUGGUUCUGCAGAGGGGGGAAGAGGUGGGGGGCCCACUGCAUCAACUGGCAGUGGGACAAAACGUACAGUUGAAGGGAGGAAAGAGGUGGGGCCCACUGCAUCAACUGGUAGUGGGACACAACGUGCAGUUGGAGUCAAGAACUGUGGACAGCAGCCCGUAGUUCCUCAUGGUGAUGUUGUGGGAAAUAAUCAAAUGUUUUUGAGGUACCAAUGUGCUGCUUUGUACCAACGAGUGGGUCCAGAGAGAGUGAUUUGUUACAGCAACGGCAUGUGGUCAGAAGUACCCAUCUGCAAAGCCACCUUCUGUUCUGUGGACACUGAUACACAUCCUGAAUUAAUAUCUGAUGGAGUUAAAAUUAUAAAAGAUGGUGAGACUGAGAAAUUGAAAUGUGUGCAUCAGGAUCACUGGAGGACAACUCAUUAUUCUGUGGUCCGCUGCACUAAUGGAAUAAUGAGCCGUUCCAGAUGUUGCGAUCGUUGGGACGCAUUCUGGAAUUGUUAAGUCUGUAUCACCAAGAAGAUCUGCUGCCUUUGGAUCUGCUCAGCGACUGAGAACAGCCUGGAAACUUUUCAGAGACAACAAAGAUAUGAUUAUACUGUCACACACUGUUUGGGUUUUCAAAAUACAUUUCUGUCUUUUCAUGCUGAUUUAUGACUGCCCACAUAAUGUACGAGCAAAUUGUCUGUGUGCUUAAAGCUGCAAAAAUAA